GGGAACUCAGUAUUAAACUAAACACGAAAGCGAACGAACGAAGUUGAGUGGUGAAAACCUCUCGAGUUAUUACGACAUAUUUCUUGCAUCAAGAAGUUAUUGAAGUUAAAACAAUCUAAUCAAAAUGCCAGCUGUAGGAAUCGAUCUUGGAACGACUUAUUCCUGUGUGGGAGUUUACCAGCACGGAAAUGUGGAGAUCAUCGCGAACGACCAGGGCAACCGGACCACACCAUCCUACGUCGCAUUCACGGACACCGAGCGACUCAUCGGCGAUGCUGCGAAGAACCAAGUCGCACUAAACCCCAACAACACGGUGUUCGACGCAAAACGGCUUAUUGGACGCAAAUUUGAUGAUCCGAAGAUUCAACAGGACAUGAAACACUGGCCGUUUAAAGUCGUCAGCGAUUGUGGGAAGCCUAAGAUUCAGGUUGAAUUCAAAGGGGAGACGAAGAGGUUCGCGCCGGAGGAAAUCAGCAGCAUGGUUUUGACGAAGAUGAAGGAGACUGCAGAAGCUUAUUUAGGCUCAACGGUGCGGGACGCCGUCAUCACAGUCCCGGCUUAUUUCAACGAUUCUCAAAGACAAGCUACAAAGGACGCGGGUGCAAUAGCAGGUUUGAAUGUUUUGAGAAUUAUUAACGAACCUACCGCCGCUGCGCUCGCGUAUGGCUUAGACAAGAACUUGAAAGGCGAGCGAAAUGUCCUUAUUUUCGAUCUCGGCGGUGGAACUUUCGACGUAUCCAUCCUUACCAUCGACGAAGGCUCCCUGUUCGAAGUAAAAGCGACCGCCGGCGACACCCAUCUAGGAGGCGAGGACUUUGACAACAGACUCGUGAAUCACCUCGCAGAUGAAUUCAAGCGGAAAUACAAGAAGGAUUUGCGAGGUAACACUAGAGCACUACGUCGCCUGAGGACGGCCGCCGAGCGAGCGAAGCGCACUCUCUCAUCCAGUACCGAAGCGACGAUAGAGAUAGACGCGUUGUACGAAGGCAUCGACUAUUACACUCGCAUUUCUAGAGCGCGUUUCGAAGAGCUUAACGCUGACUUGUUCAGAGGAACUCUAGAGCCGGUAGAGAAAGCUCUACGCGACGCGAAAUUGGACAAGAGCCAAAUCCACGACGUAGUUCUCGUCGGCGGCUCGACUCGCAUACCGAAGAUCCAGAACCUUCUACAGAACUUCUUCGGCGGCAAGCAGCUGAAUCUAUCAAUCAAUCCGGAUGAAGCUGUAGCGUACGGAGCGGCAGUCCAAGCAGCCAUUCUCAGUGGAUCCAACGAUUCUAGAAUCCAAGAUGUUCUGUUGGUCGACGUGGCACCAUUGUCUCUCGGCAUCGAGACCGCCGGCGGGGUCAUGACCAAAAUCAUCGAACGCAACUCUAAAAUCCCGACCAAGCAAUCCCAAACCUUCACAACUUAUUCCGACAACCAGCCAGCUGUCACUAUUCAAGUUUAUGAAGGCGAGCGUGCUAUGACAAAAGACAACAAUCUAUUAGGCACGUUUGACUUAACCGGGAUACCGCCUGCACCUAGAGGAGUUCCUAAAGUCGACGUCACCUUCGACAUCGACGCUAAUGGCAUCUUGAACGUUUCUGCGAAAGAGAACAGCACGGGACGAAGCAAGAACAUCGUCAUCAAGAACGACAGAGGUCGUUUGUCUCAAGCGGACAUCGACAGAAUGCUAGCAGAGGCAGAACGAUACAAAGACGAAGACGAGAAGCAAAGGAACCGAGUAGCAGCCAGGAACCAACUGGAAGCUUACGUCUUCAGUGUGAAGCAAGCUUUAGAUGACGCGGGUGACAAAUUGAGCGAGCAGGACAAGAAUACGGCUCGCAGCGAGUGCGAGGAGGCGCUACGAUGGCUGGAUAAUAACUCGCUAGCGGAAGUCGAUGAGUAUGAGCAUAAGUUGAAGGAGGUGCAGAGGGUAUGCGCGCCAGUUAUGACUAAGAUGCAUGGUGGCAACCAAGGAGGUAUGCCCGGCGGUAUGCCAGGAGGUAUGGGAGGCAGGAACGACGGUCCCACCAUCGAAGAAGUCGACUAAACAUCUAAAUAAAUAUCUAUCAGGAUUUUCAGCCAUGAAUUGUAAGCCUAGGAAAAGCAGAAUCGAAGGCUCCACAAUCGAAGUCAACAGAACUACAUAAACAUCUAUUUGAGUUUCCGAAUUCAUUUUAUUCAAAAUCUGGUGAUAUUAAGACAGUUAUUUUUAUUUGAAUAAAUGGGUUUGAGUUCCAAACGUAAA